AUGAAUAACAACAAUAAAGUAACUGAAUACUUGACAACCUCUUCGCCAACAACACCUCCAUCCUUUCUUGUACUAUACUGGACAACCAUGUAUUCCUUUCUCAUAAAUAGCUUUCGUAAAGUAACCGAGCAAUUACAGAACCUGGCCUCUAGCAGCUACACACCAUAUAUCUUGUCACAGACACAGUUAUCGGCUGAAAAUGGUGAUGCUAGCAAUAGCAAUACUGCCUAUGCUAACGUUAAUAACGGCGAAAACGAUAGGCGGGCAUAUGUUGUUGCUUCUCCAACAACACCGCGCCGAUCUCCUAGGUUCAGGUCAAGGAGACAAGAUCAACAGAUUUCGUCCUCUUCAACAGUAACCCAUGUUUCCAAACACUCUUCGACUCGUGCGAAAGGUCAACAUAAACAGGCCACUUUAGCUUCCUCCAUACCCAGCACGUCGUUUUCAGCAUUCGUAAAAACCAAGACAUUAAUCCUGGACUUGGACGAAACCUUGAUACAUUCCACAAUGAGAGGUUCGCCAGCAAACGCGCAUAUGCUUGAGGUCAUGGUUGACAGCCAUGCAUGUCUCUAUUACGUUUAUAAACGACCCCAUGUGGACUAUUUCUUGAUGAAAGUCGCUGAAUGGUACAAGGUAGUAAUCUUUACUGCCUCUAUGCCGGAAUACGCAGAUCCAGUGAUCGAUUGGUUGGAUCCAGACAAGAACUUAAUUACAAAGCGUUUUUUCCGUCAGUCUUGCAUACAACGGAAUGGAGCAUACGUGAAAGAUUUGACUUUGGUCGAGAAUGAUCUUUCGAAAGUGUGUCUUGUUGAUAACAGUUCGAUAUCUUAUUCACUGCAUCAAGAAAACGGUAUACCGAUUGAAGGCUGGGUAAGUGACCCAAACGAUGAAGCCCUUUUAGAUUUACUCCCGUUCUUGGACGCUCUCCGGUUUACGGAAGAUGUUAGAUCUGUUCUUUCGCUUGCAACAUACAUAUAA